AUGCCACGCAGUCUUCGUUCCGGGAAUACCUACCCUUCUCCUCUCCCCCCACCACCACGUCCUAUCCGUAUCCUAGCCGGCAAGGUAACCAGAAACCGGGACUAUGAGCUCCUAGGUAGCAUGAACAUCCCCAUGGGCCUCGCACGCAAGAAGGUUGCUGAAUGCCAUCUCGAAUUUAUAGAUGUCGGGCCUCAAGACCCAGAAUAUCCUAAGGACCCAAAGCGAAAUAACCAUUGCAUGCUCCGACUCACGUUCUUACAUCAACUGCAAGACGAUACCCCAUACGCGCCUAUUGGCACCAGGGGAGUUAUCCUGGACUUGGAAGGUGUGGAACAACACGAAUUCACAACUUCAUCUGAGCUAACGAUGAGUACUUUCGGGUACGAAGGCCCGCAUCAGAGGUGGCUCCACGUUGUCAAUCUACGUAUGGGCGGCGAGAGGACAGUUGGGGAUGCUGUUAGGAUCAUUCGAGAUUCUGGUUUGGUGCCUUGUCGCUUUAAUCACUCAAACGAGGACUUGGUUGGCUGUAGAGAUUUUGUAUCGCAAUUGAUUCAUCGAUUGAAUAGGAACAGGUUUUUAAGGCUUCCGGCUGAUGCUACCACAAGGGUUUUUGACAAGUUCAACUACUAUUAUAAUAUGGAUGAUGACCCUGCCCUCAAUCAUACUUCCAAUCCUGUGGAGUAUGCUCUCUUUAGAGAGGCAUACCAGCAUGUGGCCAUCGAUGGGAUCAAUUAUACUGGAACGCGCCAUUUCUUGGAGGAGUAA